AUGUGCGGCGCUCGCAUCCUGGCACUUCGGCUCAUAUCGACCUUGGCGUACCCACAAUUCUGGCAGUUCAAAACGGCUGAAUUCAUGAGAAAGCUCCAGCCAGGUGACCCGUUCGAAAUCAUGAGCAUAGAUCGAUUCCAGAACAAGUCGUUCCGAACGAACUGCAGGCUUUCAACGAGCAUUCCGCCCACUGGAUUUGAAGUCAAUACGCUGUACUCGGUUUCUGUGGAGACGAACGAGCCCGGCGGAGUCGGCCACGUGAUCAUUUCGAGUACAGGCGCCUUCCAGCAAGAACCAUCCAGGCCUUCGGCAGCAUGCACCAUGUACGCAGAAAAGCAUUCAUUGAGGAGUUGGCAGUGGAUGAGCCCGACUGACGCAAACAGCAGCAGCUUCUUUGCUGUUUGCGUUACAGGGUACGGUGGCCUUGCGUACGUGGCUGAUGCCUUGACAGUGUUCAGGGAUGGCCAGCCGCAAGAGAUUUGCAGCCCGAGUAACAGCACUGCGGUCUUAGCAGAUUGUCAUUGUUUGGCUGUAGACGGCGAUUUUGGAAACUCCAAGAUCUGUUCAGCCGGCGCGUGUUGUUGGGAAGACCUCCAGUGUCGACAUUGCUCCGGAGGUCUUGGCUGCCUUGCAAAGGCAGAAAGACCGUGGAGAGCGUUGAACUAUGUUCUCGUGUUGGUCUUCUUUGUUCUCAGUUGCGUGCACGCCACGGUGGUAUGGAAUCAUAAGCGAAGACGUUUUGGCCAGCUGGGCGAAGAACAUGGGCAGCAGAUUGAAAUCCCACACUCAGAUUCACACUCUUCGUGUCGAGCCGUGCAGAGCAGAUGA